ACACGCACAAACACACAUUAAUGCGUGUGCAUCUUCUCAUUAUUAGAGAGUGAGAACCAAAGAGGGGGCAAAGGCAAACCUUCAGGUCAAGGAUAACAGCUGUUAGCCUUAUUUUUCCUGACAGUUUGCCGCUAAAGUUUGCAACUUUUUGUGAUGCACUCUCUCUCUCUAAUUGGAACAAGCAUAGAAUAAAGUGGGAAAAGGGGAUAGGAGGAAUCAAAGUAUAUUUUGCAUAAGAUAAUAUAACAAGAAAAAUAAAAGAAAGCAUAUUUCUAUCUAAAAAUACAAUCUUGGAGAAGGGCUUCUUGCAAUUCGUGGCAUUAUGGGUUUGAAAGUGGAUAUUGCAAUGUGUAACGCAUUUUUGGUGUUUUUGAGCUCAUGGGUUUCUUGUGGAGAGGCUUCUGUUUCGUAUGAUUCAAAGGCCAUUUCUGUUAAUGGGCAGAGGAAGAUUCUCAUUUCUGGAUCAAUACACUAUCCAAGAAGCACUCCUGAGAUGUGGCCAGAUCUUAUUCAGAAGGCAAAAGAAGGUGGAGUAGAUGUGAUUCAGACUUAUGUGUUUUGGAAUGGGCAUGAGCCUGAACCUGGAAAGUAUUAUUUUGAGGAGAGGUAUGAUUUAGUGAAGUUUAUUAAGCUGGUGAAGGAAGCUGGGCUUUAUGCCCACCUCAGAAUUGGUCCUUAUGCCUGUGCUGAGUGGAAUUUUGGGGGUUUCCCAGUUUGGCUGAAGUAUGUACCAGGCAUUAGUUUCAGGACUGAUAAUGAGCCUUUUAAGGCUGCGAUGCAAAAGUUCACAACGAAGAUUGUGACAAUGAUGAAAGCUGAAAAGCUGUACGAAACUCAGGGUGGUCCGAUUAUACUAUCUCAGAUUGAAAAUGAGUAUGGGCCGAUGGAGUACGAGCUGGGUGCACCAGGGCGGGCAUACACAGAAUGGGCGGCCAAAAUGGCUGUGGGUCUCGGCACUGGUGUCCCGUGGAUCAUGUGCAAGCAAGACGACGCCCCCGAUCCUAUUAUUAACACGUGCAAUGGUUUCUACUGUGAUUACUUCUCGCCCAACAAGGCUUACAAACCGAAGAUGUGGACUGAAGCAUGGACCGGCUGGUUUACUGAAUUUGGAGGCCCGGUUCCAUAUCGACCAGCUGAAGACCUGGCCUUUUCCGUUGCCAAAUUUAUUCAAAAAGGAGGCUCUUACAUUAACUAUUAUAUGUAUCAUGGAGGUACAAACUUCGGCCGGACUGCUGGUGGUCCGUUUAUCGCUACUAGCUACGACUAUGAUGCGCCUCUUGAUGAAUAUGGAUUAAUGAGGGAGCCUAAGUGGGGUCAUCUGAAAGAUUUGCAUAGAGCCAUCAAGCUCUGUGAGCCAGCUCUAAUAUCGGGAGAACCUACAGUAACUCCACUUGGAAAUUAUCAGGAGGCUCAUGUUUUCAAAUCGAAGUCUGGUCCGUGUGCUGCUUUUCUUGCAAAUUAUAAUCAGCAUUCGUUUGCUAAAGUGGCGUUUGCGAACGGACACUACAACUUGCCUCCUUGGUCCAUCAGUAUCCUUCCAGAUUGCAAGAACACUGUUUAUAAUACAGCAAGGAUUGGUGCUCAGAGUGCACAAAUGAAAAUGACCCCUGUCAGCAAAGGAUUUGAUUGGGAGUCGUACAACGAAGAGGCUGCAUCACACAGGGACAACUCAUUUACGAUGGUUGGAUUGGUCGAGCAGAUCAAUACCACCAGAGACAACACCGACUAUUUAUGGUAUACGACAGAAGUGGAGAUUGACCCGAGCGAAGGAUUCUUUAGAGGGGGGAAGCCUCCUGUUCUCACAGUAUCGUCUGCUGGCCAUGCCCUGCAUGUAUUUAUCAACGGACAGCUUUCAGGAACUGCCUAUGGAAGUCUAGAACAUCCCAAAUUAACUUUUACGGACAGCGUGCCUCUGAAAGCCGGAGUAAACCAAAUCUCGCUGCUAAGCAUUGCUGUUGGUCUCCCGAAUGUCGGCCCACAUUUUGAAACGUGGAACGCUGGAGUUCUUGGUCCCGUUUCUCUCAGUGGUCUCAACGAGGGGCGAAGAGACUUGACAUGGCAAAAAUGGUCUUAUACGGUCGGUCUAAAAGGAGAAUCUCUUAGUCUUCACUCACUCAGUGGAAGCUCCUCCGUUGAAUGGGUUGAAGGAUCGUACGUCAGUGAAAGGCUACCACUGACAUGGUACAAGACUACGUUCAACGCACCAGAAGGAGACGAGCCUUUAGCGUUGGAUAUGAAUACCAUGAGUAAAGGUCAGGUGUGGAUAAAUGGCCAAAGCAUCGGGCGCUACUGGAACCAGUACAAAGCAUCUAAUGGCUGCGAACCCUGCAACUACGCUGGGUGGUUCAACGAGAAAAAGUGCCUAACCAACUGUGGCGAAGCUUCUCAGAGAUGGUACCACGUCCCUCGUUCCUGGCUGUAUCCGACCGGAAAUCUGUUGGUCCUGUUUGAAGAAUGGGGAGGGAAUCCUUACGGGAUCAAUCUAGUGAAAAGGGAAGUAGCGAGCGUAUGCUCUAAUAUAUUCGAAUGGCAACCAACCUUAGUGAACUGGCAGCUGCUGUCAUCAGGGAAAGUCGACAAACCAUUAAGGCCGAAAGCUCACCUCUCGUGUGCCUCGGGUCAGAAGAUCUCGUCCAUCAAGUUUGCCAGCUUUGGGACGCCCGAAGGCUCCUGUGGAAACUUCCAACAGGGGAGCUGCCAUGCUUUCCACUCCUACGACGUUUUUGAGAGGUACUGUGUCGGCCAGCAAUCUUGCGCGGUGCCUGUAACACCUGAGAUCUUUGGUGGAGAUCCAUGUCCGAAUGUGAUGAAGAAGCUCUCAGUCGAGGCCGUCUGCAGCUGAUGAGAGACGCUCGUUUGUUCCUUUCGACACAGGUACUCCCACACUAUUGGCCAAUUUUGAGAUCAUGAGUUUCCAAGACACCAUUUUUCACCACAAACCAUUUUUAUUUGGGCUAUGUUGGGUUGAAGUUGUACAUACAUGCAACACACACCAUCUAUGUCCAAGAUCACAGUAGAUUUUAAGAUGAUUCGGGAGAAGAACGUGUAUAUAUGGAUAGUUUCCGUCAUUGUUCAUCGUUGCGUUGUGCAUCACAAUUCACAACGCGACGAAAAAACGAGUUCAUGUGCAAAAUCCCCAGUAUUCAUACAAUCUCAUGCCUUGUGAGUUUCUCAUGCUGAAGAAAGCAAUUUGUAAGAAAUGCUUUGGCAAUUAUCAAGAAUUGUUGAUCAAAUGUUGUUUGUUUAAUUGA